CCCUUAUGUUUCACCCACCGUGAAUUAAUCUUGUAUGCUUUAAAGUAAGAGAAACCAAGCCAGUUUUGUUGUUAAAUAAUCCUGAGUGGUUGAAAAUGGGGAAUAGUUUGGGUGGGAAAAGGAGUAGCAAAGUGAUGAAGAUAAAUGGGGAAACAUUCAAGUUGAAGACACCAGUGACAGCUGAAGAGGUUGUUAAGGAUUAUCCAGGACAUGUUUUGUUAGAAUCAGAGGCGGUUAAACGUUAUGGUAUUGGAGCAAAGCCAUUGUUUCCAUUUCAGAAACUGGAACCCAACAGGCUUUAUUUCUUGGUAGAGUUGCCUGAGGAAAGGGUUCCAAGGAGGGUUCGAUCGGGUUUAAACAUGAGUGCCUGGAGAUCUGUGUCAGAUCUGUCACUCCUCAAACACAAAAGUGGAGCAGUGAGGGUUAAGAUGAGGAUUCCCAAGGCGGAAGUGGAGAGGUUGAUGAAAGAGAGCGAAAACGAGGCCGACGCUGCUCACAAAAUCAUGCAGCUUUGCAUGGUGAAACCACAGCUACUGCAUUGGAAGGGUGACCAUGGAAGCGCCGUGGCACAAGGUUUCAAGGGCAGACAGAGAAGGGUGAGUUUCGUGCCAAUCAAUGAAGGAGGGAGCCAAAGAUCAGAGCAAUGGAAGAUAAGGGUUCAUUCAUAUAUAUUCAAUUUUCCGCAUCCUCCCCAACCUCACCCUACAUUUUCAUUCUCAUAUGUACAUACAUUAAAUUCAUAAGCUAUGAUCAAGCUUUUCUUUUUGGGAAUUUAUGAAAGAGCUUAGAGUGAGAGAUGUAACCUUUGCUCGGAAUGAUUAUGGAAAUCUUGUGAAAUCAUUCUAUGAAUUUUAUUAUGCAUGGAAUGAGAUUUAAAAAUUGAAAUAAAUUAAAGAAUUUUAUUUGUAAAA